UGACUUUCCCCUUUAAUCUCACUCCCAUUCGACUUCAUAGGCAACGGCUGGUGUAGAGAUGCUUCAUUGGUUCGCAAGAAUGGGUUCGUUUGAGGUCCUCUGGAGACGUUUAACUGCGCUGCUUGUUCUCUAUAGAGCUGUUUGUGCCGAUUCUGCCAUUACCUGGGAAGUUCAGAGGUCCGACGGGUGGUACAAUAAUCUGGCAAAUCAUGACCGAGGGGCAGCGAAUUCAGCUCUAGUGCGCCUCCUGCCGGCGCAGUACGCUGAUGGAGUUUAUCAGCCCCGACAGGAGCCGCACCUGCCCAACCCCCGCCGCAUUAGCAACAGUGCCAUGAGUGGCCAGUCCGGUCUCCUGUCCCUCAAAAACAGAACUGUUCUCUCUGUGGCCUUCGGUUAUCAUGUAUGGUCUGAGAUCUCAGAAUCCCGACGACCCGGUUGCCCCCCUGAGUUCAUGCAUAUUGAAGUCCCAAAAGAUGACCCUGUUUUUCGCACCAACUCCUCAAAACCAGUCCUGCUUCCGUUUCAAAGAGCAGCAUGGGAUGGCAGCACAGGAAAAAGUCCAAACAACCCCCGCGCACAGUUGAAUCAUGUGACUGCAUGGAUGGAUGGCAGCUCCAUAUACGGAUCCUCCAGCUCUUGGUGUGACGCCUUGAGAACAUUUUCUAGAGGGCUUUUGGCUUCGGGGCCUUCUCCGGAUAUGCCCAGACGGAGCAACACUAGUUUUCUCAUGUGGAGCGCACCAGACCCCACAACAGGCCCUAGUUCACAAGAGCUCUUUGAGUUUGGAAAUGCCUGGGCCAAUGAGAACAUCUUCUCGGUCAUCGAGGGAAUCAUUUGGUUUCGUUACCACAAUCACCUGGCCUCCAAACUGCACGAGGAACACCCGUCAUGGUCAGACGAAGAGCUUUUCCAAGCUGCUCGAAAGAGGGUUAUUUCAACAUUUCAGAAUAUAGCAUUUUAUGAGUGGCUGCCGGCCUAUCUGGGAAUUCAAGUUCCUUCUUAUUUAGGUUAUCAAAAAUAUGUGGAUCCGAGCAUCUCUGCAGAGUUUGAAGCAGCCGCAGUCAGGUUUGGACUGACUCUUGCACCGCCUGGUGUUUAUAAAAGGAACAGGACGUGUCACUAUCAAAGUGCAGUGAAUGUAGAUGGGAGUAAAUCUACUGGCCUGCGUUUGUGCAAUGCCUUCUGGAGCCGAAAUAACCCAAAUGUGCAGUCCGGUCAGGAUGUAGAUGAGCUGGUGAUGGGCAUGGCCUCUCAGAUCGCUGAAAGAGAGGACAAUGUCGUCGUGGAGGAUUUGAAAGAUUAUAUGUACGGGCCCCUGCGGUUCUCACGAUCGGAUGCAGUGGCCUUGACCAUCCAGAGGGGGCGUGAUUUCGGGCUGUCCGGCUAUAAUCAGAUCAGAGAGAGCUUUAAUAUUCGGCCGGUCAACACGUGGGAGGAGAUCAACCCCAGACUGAAUAAUACACGGUUGCUAAAGGAGCUUGCAGAGUUGUACGAGAAUGACAUUUCCAGACUGGAGCUGUUUGUUGGCGGGCUCCUAGAAGCUCAGGACGGACCAGGUCCAGUGUUCUCAGCCAUCAUCCUGGACCAGUUUGAGCGCAUAAGGAACGCCGAUCGCUUCUGGUUUGAGAACAGACAAAACGGGUUGUUCAGUGAAGAGGAGAUCCAAGCCAUACGUAACACCACACUUCACAAUGUUCUCCUAGAUGUCACCAGCGCGAAAGAGGGUGAUAUUCAAAAGAACGUGUUCUUCUGGGUGAACGAUGAUCCUUGCCCUCAGCCUGAGCCAAUGAAAGCCUCCGAUCUUUACCCCUGCACACAGGCCACGUCUAUGAGUUUUUUUGACAACAGCAGUAAAGCUGGAUUUGGCAUAACGGUGGUUGUGCUCUUCUUGUUUCCUGUUGUGAGCUUCAUAGUGGCUUAUGUGGUGGCUCAUCUACGGUCAGCCAGAUACAAACGAUUCCAGAAGAAACUCAGAGGUCCCACCAGAAAUGAAGAACCCACACGUGGAAUCGUUGCCAAAGAGUGGCUGGGUCACAAUACUACACCACGACAGGUCACACUUGCCUUCAAUGAGAAGAAAGUGUUCCAGGUCUUCUUUGAGAGCAGAUCUCUGACCAACCAUAACCUGUGUGACCAAGACCACCUGGAUGUACUGAUUUCCAAUGACCACCUGCACCGGGCUCUACUCUUGAAGAUCCCUAAAGAAUAUGAUCUGGUUUUGUUCUUCGAUGACUCAAAUAAGAGGUCAGAGUUUUUGAGUCACCUGCGCUCCGAGCUGAAUGGCAGAAUUCAGAGUCUGAACGUGACGGAAAUGUGCGAGAGAGAGAUGUUGAACGACGCUGUGACCAGAGAACAGAGAGAGAAGAUCGUGGAGACGUUCUUCAAACACGCUUUUGCAAAAGUUUUGGAUAUUGAUAAAAGUGAUGCAGGAGACCUAAGCAAGAGGACCAGAGAGGCUUUACAAUGUGAACUUACAAGAGCUGAAUUUGCCCGUGUUUUCGGUCUAAAGCCUGAUUCACUCUUUGUGGAGUCAAUGUUUACACUAGCCGACAAGGACGGCAACGGCUUCAUCUCCUUUCAGGAGUUCCUGGAUGUCAUCGUCAUUUUUAUGACUGGUACACCUGAGGAAAAGUCCAAGCUUUUGUUUUCAAUGCACGACAUUAAAGAAGACGGUUUCUUGUCUAAGGAGGAGUUCUCUUCCUUGCUCAGGUCUUUCAUUGAGAUCUCUGGCGGUGCUCUGUCUAAGAGUCAGUUUGAUGAUGGUAUAGCGGUUAUGCUUCAGGCAGCUGGACUUGACAACAAAGAUCACUUCUCCUGGGAGGACUUCCACUUUUUAUUGCGAGACCAUUCAGCUCAACUCAAUAUUAAAGGCAUGGAAGUACUUGGAAAGAAAAAACUAGCCAAACAACAGCGCAUAUCCUUCAUGGAGAAAAACAGUUCUCCAGUACUUGAAGAUCUUCACAGCUCUGAGGGGGAUCAUGGCCAGGAACUUCGUCAAAGGCAGACCAAGAAGUUUGUCUUAAACAAUCCCAAAGUCUACGUAAAGCCUCAGAGGGAACGUUACAACAGGAACCCAGUGAAGCAGAGGAUCCAACAGUUUAAACGCUUCGUUGAAAACUACAGAAGACACAUCGUCUGUAUUGUCAUUAUGUACGGGAUCAUCGCUGGACUAGCUUUGGAAAGAUUAUAUCAUUAUGGUUUGCAGGCCUAUGCCAGUGGAAUCCCUGAGACCUCUUUGGUGGGCGUGCUGGUAUCUAGAGGUUCUGCCGCCGCCAUCUCAUUCCUGUUUCCCUACAUGCUGUUAACCGUGUGCCGUAACCUGAUAACGCUGUGCAGGGAGACGUUUCUCAACACAUACAUCCCUUUCGACGCUGCCAUUGACCUCCACCGACACAUGGCUAUGGUGGCCAUUAUUCUCUCAGUUGUACAUAGUGUGGGUCACGUGGUCAAUGUGUACGUCUUUUGUGUCAGUGACCUCAGCAUCCUCGCCUGUUUGUUUCCAAGAGUCUUUUCUGACAACGGGUCUGAGCUUCCAAUGAAUUGGACGUUUUGGUUUUUUAAGACCGUGCCAGGUCUUACUGGGGUCCUGUUGCUACUGAUCUUCGCCUUCAUAUACGUCUUUGCCUCGCGAUAUUUUAGACGCAUCAGCUUCAGGGGAUUCUGGGUCACACAUUACCUCUAUGUGCUUGUCUAUGUGCUGGUGGUCAUCCAUGGCAGCUACGCUCUCCUCCAGGAACCCCGCUUCCACAUCUACCUGAUCCCUCCCGCCCUCCUCUUCCUCCUGGACAAGCUCAUCAGUCUCAACAGGAAGAAGGUGGAGAUCCCAGUGGUGAAAGCCGAGCUGCUGCCCUCAGGUGUGACAUACCUGGAGUUUAAACGACCUCAAGGGUUUGUGUACCGCUCGGGACAGUGGUUACGUAUCGCAUGCCUGGAGCUUGGCACAGAUGAGUACCACCCUUUCACCCUGACCUCCGCACCACACGAGGAGACCCUCAGCCUUCACAUCCGUGCUGUGGGACCCUGGACCAGCAAACUCAGAGAGGUCUACACUCCUGAGAAUCUCCAGGAGAUCAAAGGCUAUCCAAAGCUGUACCUAGACGGGCCGUUCGGGGAGGGCCAUCAGGAGUGGACGGAUUACGAGGUGUCAGUCCUCGUGGGCGCUGGGAUUGGGGUCACUCCCUUUGCCUCCAUCUUAAAAGACCUGGUCUUUAAAUCUUCUGUCAAGUGCAAAUUUCAUUGUAAAAAGGUGUAUUUUAUCUGGGUGACACGGACUCAGCGUCAGUUCGAGUGGGUGUCUGACAUCAUAAGAGAGGUGGAGGAGAUGGACACUCAUGAUCUAGUGUCUGUGCACAUCUACAUCACUCAGCUGGCUGAGAAGUUUGACCUCCGCACCACCAUGCUGUACGUCUGCGAGCGUCACUUUCAGAAGGUGUGGAACCGGAGUUUGUUUACUGGUCUGCGAUCUAUAACCCACUUCGGUCGUCCACCCUUCGUGGCUUUUCUCAGCUCGCUACAGGAAGUACACCCCGAGGUGGAAAAGGUCGGCGUCUUUAGCUGUGGUCCUCCCGGUUUGACCAAGAAUGUUGAGCAAGCUUGCCGACAAAUGAACAAACGGGACCAGACUCAUUUUGUUCACCACUAUGAGAACUUCUAGAUCAUCUGUUGUGAAAAUACAUGACUUCAGACUAUAAA